AUGGUAUUAGGCAUAGGGAAGAAGAAGGGUAUCCCAGUGGGAUUAGUGUACAACAUUGCGCUCCACGAUGUGAAGCCAUGGCCGUCUGUAACACUUCCCCCUAUGGUAAUGAUCCAGUGGCAGAGAGGUGAGAAACGAACAGGGCACACCAAGUGCGUUAGUGGAGACAAGGACAAGAUCAUACUGAACGACUCGCUUACAAUCCCCGCUACACUGUACAAGUUUCCGGAGAAAAAGCAUGAGAGCCCUAGAUUCCAAAAGAAAUGCAUUGUCUUUAGCUUAUGUGAAGCUGCGGAACAAGGGAUCCCGCGAGGGCAGCCGCUGGGCAGGGCGGUGCUGGACCUUGCAGACUACGGAAAUCUCAACGACCAGAAUAGAAACGCAAUUUCAAGCAUCCCAGUGGCCGUGGCAAGGAAAGAGUUUAGUUCACUGGGCACCCCCCGUCUCUCCUUUACAAUUGCUCCACAAGGCAUCACAAGCAGCAGCAGCGUUCCUCCUGUACCAGUGAGAGAGGACAAAGAGGAAUAUUCAUCCCUCAUUGCAUCCUUGGUUAGUGACGAGGAGGACGACAUCACUGCUUUCAUGGACGAAGACGAAGAUGAGGUUGAAGACGCGGAAGAAGGAAGUUCCCAGUUGAGUUCCAGAUCUGUUCCUCUCAGUCCCGCUACCGUUCCCCCAGAUCCAGAAGCCAUGCCGUCGAGCACCAGGAAUGACAGGGUUCAACGCAUUCUUAACUCAGCCGGAGCAUCCUCUUCGUUUUCUUCAUCUUCUUCCUCUUCAUUUGUUGCUGCAGCUGUUGCUGCAUCAGCCUAUGCGUCUCAAAGGAAACCCAGUUUUAACUCUGCAUCACCUAGAAGGAACAACGAUGUUGAACAGAAAAGUAAGCUCCUAAAAACAAAGGCCAGUGGUGCUAGCAACGUAAUACAAGCCGCAAGGAUUAAGUACGCAGAAGGUGCGGGCGAGAGAAGUGAGAGGUUGGAUAAAAAGGCAGUGGAAGAAGCAAGGCAGAGAGCGGAUGCUGCUGAAGCUAAGGCUGUUGCAGUUCAACACGAAGCAAAGCAGCUGAUGGAUGAGGUGGGAAAUCUUAAAUGGGAGCUGCAGGAAGCUGCUGCCCUGGAGCUGGCUUUGUAUUCUGCUGUCGCCCAGCACGGCAGCUCGUCGCACAAGAUUCAUGCCCCAGCACGCCGUCUUGCAAGGAUAUACAUCCAUGCCUGCAACAAGUCUAGCCAACGUACAAGGGCCAGCACUGCCAGGACCUGUGCUUCAGGUCUUGUGGUUGUUGUGCGGGCUUGCGAGAAUGACGUCUCAAGGUUGACGUUCUGGUGGUCUAACGUGGCUGUUCUGAGGGAGAUGAUUUCGCAUGCGUUUGACACUGCACCACCGUCAUUACCUGAGACUGCCUCAGACAGUGCUUUCCAUGACUGGCAUGAGAAAUCGACUCUAGCUUCUAUGCUGGAAAGGAUUGAGGCAUGGAUUUUUGGAAGGAUCGUCGAAUGCAUCUGGUGGCAGUCGUUGACUCCCCACAUGCAGUCAUCAGCGGUAGACCAGUCGAGCCUGCUUUCUACUCCGCGUUCUGUUGUUUCACGACUAAAAAAAAGCGUGCGGGGUUUUGUGGUUACGCCUUUUGAAGAUUCGCAUCAAGGGAUGCUAUCCAUUGAAAUAUGGAAGGCAGCAUUUCUAGACGCAUUGCAAAGGAUUUGUCCUGUUCGAGCAGGUGGCCACGACUGCGGGUGUUUACAGGUUGUAGAAAGAAUGAUUGUUGAGCAGUGCGUUGCACGGUUGGAUGUUGCAAUGUUCAAUGCCAUAUUGAGGGAUAUGGAAGAAAACGUUCCCACAGAUCCCAUCUCUGAUCCCAUUACAGACCUCAGUGUUCUUCCUAUACCACCUGAUGGUAUCAGCUUCGGAGGAGGUGCUCAGCUGAAGAAUGUGAUAAAUACAUGGUCUACAUGGCUUUUGGCGCUGACUGCUCACGUUGGUGAAGAGGCAGCUGCUGCAGCAAACAUACAGAAAGGAACAUCUCACUUUACAAUGUUGCGGGCCAUGAGCGACCUGUUGAUGCUACCGAAGGACAUGCUAAUGGAAAAAUCAAUAAGAAAGGAGGUCUGCCCUGCAUUAAGCUUGCUUUUGAUCAGAAGGGUUCUUUCUAAGUUCGCUCCAGACGAGUAUGCACCUGAUCCGAUUCCACCUUCCCUUCUGGCAGCUCUCAAUGCCGAGAUCUCUAUGGAGAGGCAAAGAGUUGGCGAAUCGGACAUCAGCCCCGGGACAAUAAUCAUGGCAUCAGCUCCUCCGGUUGUAUACUUCCCACCAUCUUCUGCAUGCAUGGGUGACAUUGUCGAUAUGAAAAUGAUGGCCUCUCCCACACAGACCAGGAGCGCGUCCCUGUUUCGCAAGGGACAUACAAGUGACGAGGAACUCGAGGAACUUGAAUCACCUCUCUUUUUGUUGGUCGAGAAUGGUUGUAUUGACGGGAAGGAGGCUGCUUACUUGUCAGCCAAAGAUGCAUUUGCCCAAAGAUACCGUUUAUUGCGUAACGUUUGGAACCGAACAGAGUCAUAA